AUGGACAGCCAAAGAGAGAAGGAGAGGGACCGGUCCAGACGAGGCGAUAGACCCUCAAGGUUCUCAGAUGCACCAAGAGAUCGUUCCAACGACCGUGAUAGAUCGGAGGGGAAACGUUUGUUUGUUUCCAACAUACCUUAUGAAUUUCGCUGGACAGAACUAAAAGACUUAUUCAAAGAGAAGGUUGGUGAUGUAGCCUAUGUUGAACUCUUUAAUGAUGAGAAUGGAAAACCAAGAGGAUGUGGUGUUGUGGAAUUCUCAAAUUCUGAAGCUAUGAAAAAGGCACUUUUUGUAAUGCAUAGAUAUGAAUUGAAUGGAAGGAAGCUUGUUUUAAAAGAAGAAACAGAUUAUCUUUUAGGUAAUGAAAGAAACAGAUUAAACUCUGUCAGAUCUGGAGGUGGUGGUGGUGGUAGAAAUAUGAGAGAAGAUAAAGAUGGAUGGGGAGUUAACAAGCCAAGGGAACCAGAAAAUUUCAAUACUUAUGGUUUAAGUCUACAGUUCUUAGAAUCCAUAAAUGUGCAGCCGCCUUUAGUUAAAAAAGUUUUUGUUGCAAAUCUGGACUAUAAAGCAGAUAGAGCUAAAAUUAAGGAAGUAUUUAAAAUGGCCGGUAAAGUUAGAAACAUUGAUUUAGCUAUUGAUAAAGAUGGAAACAGUAGAGGUUUUGCUGUUAUUGAAUAUGAUCAUCCCGUAGAAGCUGUACAGGCAAUUUCUAUGUUUGACAAACAAAUGUUAUAUGAGCGUAGAAUGACAGUAAGAAUGGAUAGGGGAGUUACUGACAAAUCUGAGCUGAGAUUGCCAGAAGGUUUGAAAAGCAUUGGUAUAGGAUUGGGACCAAAUGGGGAACCUCUCAGAGAUGUAGCAAGAAACCUACCUCAGAAUACAUCCACAAAUAACUUGAGUCUUGGCAGUACAGGCUCUACGAUAGGUGCUGGAGUUUUAGGUGCGGUUCCCACUGCUGGGGUGGGAUUAAAUGGUCUCGGAGCAAGCCUGUCAGCUAAUACUUUGGGAACCAAUGCUGCUCUUAGUAACAGUCUAGGCUUACAGGCCUUAGGACUGACUGGUCUUGGUGCCUUACAAAAUCAGCUUCUUCAACAAGGUCUCACUGCAAAUGAUCUAGCCACAGUACUUACACAGGCUCAAGCUGCUAAUGUUAACUCCAACAACUUAUCCCUGGGUACCCCAGAUAUGGGUAGUAGUGUCCUCGGAAAUUCAGGCUUGGGCAACAACGUUCUGGGCGCAAAUUCCUCUUUAAGUAGUGGGUCACUUUCAGGGACUAAUCGUCAGAUGGGCAGUGUGACAGUUCCGGGACAAGGCUAUGGCCGUGAUGGACAACAGGGGAGAGAUAAACAAUCAGAUAUUGUCAUUAUUACUAAUCUUCCACCAACAGUGACAUGGCAACUAAUAAGAGAGAAGUUCAGUGAGUGUGGAGAUGUGAAGUAUGCUGAGAUGACGGCACCUGAUACAGCUAUAGUGAGAUUCCAUAAGGAGUGGGAUGCUGAGAGAGCUGUCAGUAUCCUUUAA